CAUCCCUCAUAAGAACCAACGGAGUCGGGGUCAUUCUUUCCCCUCAACGCCCCUGACCGCUGUCCACAGGGAACUCUUGCUGAGAAUCUGCUGUCUUCCCCGCGGCUCUGUCUCUGUUUCCUUCAGUGAUCAAGCCCCCCAUGGCUCAGCAGUGCUUCCACAGUGAAUAUUUUGACAGUCUGCUGCAUGCUUGCAAACCCUGCCACCUCCGGUGUUCCAACCCUCCUGUGCCCUGUCAGCCUUACUGCAACCCAAGUGUGACCGGCUCAAUGAAAGGGACACACAUUGUUCUCUGGACCUUCUUGGGCUUGACCUUGAUUGUCUCUUUGGCACUUUUCACACUCAUGUUCUUGCUGAGGAAGAUGAACUCUGAAGCACUGAAGGGCAAACUUCAAAACUCAGGAUCCAUUCUGCUGGACAAGGCCAGUACUGACCUGAGGAAGAGCAGGGCUGAUGAUGUAAGGAUUCUUCCCGGAAGCCUGGAGUAUACAGUGGAAGAAUGUACCUGCGAGGACUGUGUCAAGAGCAACCCUAAGGUUGAUUCUGACCAUUUCUUCCCACUUCCAGCCAUGGAGGAGGGUGCAACCAUUCUUGUUACCACAAAAACGAGUGACUAUGGCAAGAGUGUGCCAACUGCUUUGGAAAGUGUCCCAGGGAUGGAGAAACCAAUUCUUUCUAGAGAAUGAACCUCUGUCUGGUAUAAAAAGCCACUUUGAGAACCUUCACCAGAGGGAGAGCUGAUGCUUUUGAUGUCUUUAGGAUGACUGUUUAUCA